AUGGACAUUAAUGUGGUGAAGGAAAUGUGGGGUGAUAAACAAGUUGAGUGGUCGCACUUGGGCGCCAACGGGGCGUCGGGAGGCAUUCUCACGAUGUGGAAGAAGGAUUUUUUCAAUCUAAUUUUCAGCUUUAGAGGAGGAGAAGGUUUCUUAGGCCUUUGUGUGGAAAAGGAAGGGAAAACAAUUUAUUUUGUGAAUAUGUAUGCUUCUUGGGACAUUCUCACGAGGAAGAGGUCAUGGGAUAGGUUAAGUGAGUUCAAAAAUAACAACAUACAAGGAUCUUGGUGCAUAGGAGGGGAUUUUAAUGCCGUCACCUCUAUAGAAGAAAGAAUAGGGACGUCAAGUCGUAGCUAUAGGAGGGAGAUAAUGUUGUUCAAAGAGUUCAUAGAAGAUAUGGAGUUGGUGGAUCUUCCUACUAUAGGAGGCAAGUUUACUUGGAUCAAAAGUAAUGGCAAAUCCAUGAGUAGAAUCGAUAGGUUCCUUUUAUCGGAUAGUUUUGUUGAAGAUUGGAAGAUGGAGGGACAAUAUAUAGGCGAGAGGGAGGUAUCCGAUCACGCGCCUAUUUGGUUGAAAGACAAUAGAAAGGAUUGGGGUCCUAAACCGUUCAAGUUCAAUAAUUUGUGGUUCAAUCAUGAGGACUUCGAUACUUUUGUGGAGGAGGAAUGGAAGAAGAUAGUGGUAAAAGGUAGAGGUGAUUAUUGCUUGGUAGAAAAGUUGAAAACUCUCAAAAACCGGUUAGCUUGGUGGAACAAGAGUGUCUACGGGUGGAUUGAUCUCAAAAUCAACAAAGAUGGGAAAGAGUUGCAUUCUUUAGAUAACGUGUUUGUUCAUUUUGCAGGUAACGUUCCGGAAGAUGUGGUUGUGAAAAGAACAAAAGUGGUGGAGGAUUUUUGGGAGAACAUUAACAAAAGAGAAGGGUUACUUAGGCUAAAGUCUAGACAACUUUGGCUUUCCGAAGGCGAUGACAACACACGUUAUUUUCAUAACUCUUUAAAAGAUAGAAGUUGA